CAGCCUGUGGACUGAGCAAUCUGUUCUGCAUGUCAGAUCUAUUUUCCAUGCUUGUCUUCUGAGUAUCGUUUUAUAAACAACCAAAAGUCACAACUGGUCUUAAACAUUACAUGUAAUAGUGGGAACAGUUUGGUUUCAGUCCGAAGCUUGAAUUGCGAUUUGUCUGGCUAAAAAUACACAUGAGCAUUCACUGAAUGGCUCCUCGGAAAUGUCACUACAAACAGGGCGACACAACCGGUGACACAAACACGCUACCUCGAGUAACAAACAUUCUGAAACACGUACCACUUGAGAUUACUUCAGUGCACUAAUCUAAAAGAACCAAAGAACGACCAACCAGGACCAUACCCCAUCAUUUCUGUUUUCCCUUGGUUGUAAUUGAAAAAGUUCAAAAACCCUUCAGUUUUUGAUGUCCUCAGGGAAUAUCAGUGAUUCUAAGGAGAGGUAACUUUAGUGCCACAUCAAUGUAACUGUCCACAGCAAAGCAAUGGAAGGCAAUUCCUCGCUUCCUCCAUCUGGAGCGCAAGUGUGGCAAAUAAAAAGAGAAAAGCAGGGGGCCUAAAAGUGACCCCUGCGGAAGCCCAUAAGACAGCGGGUCAGGGCAGGACUCAGAACGACCCACACACAGAGGUCUGUCUCCCAGAUAGAAAAAGGUGAUGAAUGACUUCAAGCACGUUGAAACAAUUACUGUACUUAGAACUUAAUAAGUGCACGCUUAUUGUAAAGUGGGAGAAAGAAAUCUGGACUUCAGUGACUUGCUGAGAAUCCUGAUGAUGCCCAUGUUGUAUUUGACCGCUCACUGAGUGGUGCUGUCCUCUGAACUCAGCAGGCUCCCGUUAAAAAUGUCCUCAACCUAUGCUGCCGCUCUCUCAGCCCUCGUCACCGCCACCUCCGCCGAUCAGCCUCCCCAACCAAGCACUCUUUCCGCCCCCGAGCCCUCAGCCCCAACUGCGAGUCCCAAAUCGAUGCCCUCGGCCAGCCCACCUCCUCCACACCGUCCUCCAGUCCAAGCACAUCUUGCCCCGCCUGAGCCCGCGGGGACAUAUGACCAAGAGGAGAACCCGGCAGAUUAUGGGAUAGGCGGUUAUUAUCCUGUAGAAAUCGGAGAGAUUUUGGAGAACCGAUACCAGGUGGUCAAAAAGCUGGGAUGGGGUCACUUUUCGACUGUGUGGCUCUGCUGGGACAUGGUGAGAAGGCGUUUUGUCGCUCUCAAGGUGGUGAAGAGUGCUCCGAUGUAUACAGAGACAGCAAAGGAUGAGAUCAAACUUCUGAAAUGUGUGAGGGACAGAGACCCCAGAGAUCCGAAUCGUGAGACGAUUGUGCACCUCAUCGAUGACUUCCGGAUCGCCGGAGUGAACGGAGAGCAUGUGUGCAUGGUCCUGGAGGUGCUGGGCCACCAGCUCCUCAGGUGGAUCAUCAAAUCCAACUACGCCGGUCUUCCACUCCCUUGUGUCAAAAGCAUCGUCAGACAGGUUCUGCGAGGUUUGGAAUACUUGCACACAAAGUGCAAGAUCAUCCACACGGACAUCAAGCCCGAGAACAUCCUCCUGCGGGUGGACGACGUUUAUGUUCACAAACUGGCAGCCGACACCAAACUGUGGCAACUGCCGGAUUCCGCCGCAUCCACCAACGAGCCAAAAAGCUCAAUGGCCAAACCAAAAAAGAGUUUGUCCAGCUUAAUGGGAAGGCUGACCGGCGUUUUCCACAACAUUGGGAAUAGGUCAAGCAAGGCUUCAAAAUUGCACCUAAAACGACUGACGUGGACGCCGAGGAAGCAGCGAGCCAAAGCGACUACAUCGGACUCCAGUCAAAAUCAAUCCAAUGACGCCCUUUCGGAUGUUACCUGCGCCAAUAGCGCCACCUGUCAAUCAUUGCUUCCGAGUUCUGACGUCGCAUUAAGGAGACGGACCUUGCUGUUGUCCGACAGGCUGCACUCGCCCGUGCUCAGUCACCGAGGCUUCACCUCUUCGUUGCCAGACAUCGCCAAAGAAGCUCCCUUUUCUGCAUCCGCAUCUCCGUUUUUACACCAGACGCCAGACACACAAUCCUCCCCUCACGAAGGAAUCAGUGAGUGUGAGGGGCCGCUUGACCUCCUGCUGCCACAUAAUGCGGACAAGCUGUUCAUUAAGAUCGCGGAUCUGGGCAAUGCUUGCUGGGUGUCCAAGCACUUCACGGAAGACAUCCAGACAUGUCAGUACCGCUCUGUGGAGGUCUUGAUCGGUGCUGACUACAGCACCCCGGCUGACAUCUGGAGCACUGCCUGCAUGGCUUUUGAGCUCGCAACUGGGGACUAUCUGUUUGACCCUCAGUCAGGGACCACGUUCUCCCGCGAAGAAGAUCACAUUGCGCACAUUAUCGAGUUGCUGGGGCCUCUCCCAUCCAAGUUUGCCCUCUCAGGGAAAAAAUCCAAAAGAUUCUUCAACCAAAACGGACAACUGAGGCGCAUCUCAAAGCUGAAGCCGUGGAGCCUGUUGGAAAUUCUGUUGGACAAGUACCAGUGGCCGCAGGACGAAGCAGCGCAGUUCAGCUCGUUCCUUUUGACCAUGUUGCAUCUUCAGCCUGACAAACGAGCCACAGCGGCUCAAUGUCUGAAACACCCGUGGAUCGCAAGCUAACUCGUCCGCGGCUCUCAGUGUGGUGCUGGCAUCAUUUGCAAAGCUUUGUGCCCCCUUUUUUUUUUUCUCCCUCUCAGGCUGUUUGCGUAUUCAUGGCGGUCCCCCCGGAUGCAGACAGAAUGACCAAACUCAAGUUUGUUUUCUAUGACUUAAAAAGGGCUUUGUAGUUUGACUGCAGUUGUACAGAACAUCCAUAAAGUAACAGAAGACCACCUGUGUGAUACACAUCGAACUGUCUGGCAUUUUGUAUCCAAACCAAGUGACACCGCUCACUCAGCCUCACCAAAUAAAUCCGUUUGUGCUGAGGAGGAGGAGCUCAGUGUGAGUUUGUGUGCCGGCCGAGCAACGCAGUGAAAUAUGCUCUUAGCUGCAUUCCUUGCUUGCUCACAUUAAGCUGCGCUCAAGAGAGGUGAGCGCAUAGAAGCGGAGCGCGCAGUCAAAUGUGAAAGCAGGUGGAUGUCGACAUCUCUCAGCGCGACUGACUUCUGCGAGUUGUGCCUCCAGCAGUGAGGAGACACGGGCUUUUACAUUCC